AUUCUUGAAGGCCAGGAAAUUUGAUAUUGAGAAAACAAAGCAAAUGUGGUCUGACACGAUCCAGUGGAGGAAGGAAUUUGGUGCUGACACUAUUAUUGAGGACUUUGAAUUUAAAGAAAUCAAUGAAGUCCUGGAAUACUAUCCCCAAGGGCAUCAUGGAGUAGAUAAAGAUGGACGACCUGUGUACAUCGAGAGAUUAGGCAAAGUAGAUCCAACCAAGCUGAUGCAGGUCACAAGCAUGGACCGAUAUGUGAAAUACCAUGUAAGGGAGUUUGAGAGGACAUUUGCGGUAAAGUUCCCAGCUUGUUCAAUUGCAGUAAAGAAGCACAUUGAUCAAAGUACAACCAUCCUGGAUGUGCAAGGAGUGGGACUGAAAAAUUUCAACAAAGCUGCCAGGGAACUUAUCAGUUCCCUUCAGAAGAUUGAUGGUGACAAUUAUCCCGAGACUUUGAAUCGGAUGUUCAUCAUCAAUGCUGGUUCUGGAUUUAGAAUGUUGUGGAACACCGUGAAGUCUUUUCUUGACCCUAACACUACAGCAAAAAUCCAUGUUCUUGGCAAUAAAUACCAGAGCAAGUUGCUUGAAAUAAUUGAUGCUAGUGAGUUGCCAGAAUUUCUAGGAGGCACUUGUACCUGUGCCGAUCAAGGAGGCUGCAUGCGUUCUGAUAAAGGCCCAUGGAAGGACCCAGAGAUACUAAAUAUGGUUCAAAAUGGUGAUCAUAAAUGUACAAAGAAACCCAAGACUCAAAUCACAGAGGAGAAGACAAUUUCUGAGGACAAGAUGGUGUACACCAAGGGUCGUGACUCUUCCAGCAUGGGGGCAGCUGCAGAUGUAGAUGACAUGCCAUCUUUCUCUUCUAGACUUCCAGGGGAGCGUAUCAAGCACCCACAACUCGCUCCUAUCCGUGAAGUUUCCAUUACACAAAAUUUCCAAGAGACCUGCAAGUGUGAAGAAUUUGUCCCAGUGGUUGAUAAAAAUGUGGAUCCAACUUGGCAAAAGAUGGUAGAUAAUGAAAGAUUUGCCCUUUCAAAAGCAGCAGAUUGUUUUGCCAUGCAUGAUGCUUGCAAAAUUCCUGAAGGGUUCAGCUCUCAAAUUUUUACUGGUCUUAUGGCAAUUAUUAUGGGCAUUGUCACCAUGGUCAGAUUGACACGCAACAUGCCCAAGAAGCUCACAGAUGCCACCAUCUACUCCAGCCCUUGUUACUGUGUUGACACAAUGUUCAAAGGCCAGGCACCUUCACACCAGUUUCCUGAACCUGCCAUCUCUGGCGUUGAGUACAUGUCUGUUUUGAAACGCAUGGUUGAAUUGGAAGAGAAAGUAAGUGUUUUGAGCAUGAAACCUUCUGCCAUGCCAGCUGAGAAGGAAGAAAUGAUGAAUGCUGCUAUAAGCCGGGUUGAUGCCUUGGAGCAAGAGCUUAUCGCAACCAAGAAGGCUUUGGAGGACUCAUUUGCCCAGCAAGAGGAGCUCAUAGCUUAUCUUGACAAAAAGAAGAAGAAGAAGAAGAAAUUGUUUAGCUGGUGAUGAAAGAAAUUAUGGACGCCAAGAGAUGCUCUCAGGAUACCAAAUGCGGUGAUGUCCCCUUCCCCGAAGCCACCCAAGUGUACUCCAUGUUCCCUUGCAUAAUAUAUAAAUAAAAAG